AGCUUCCGUUUUCCUGUACAUUUCUUGGUCUUUAACUCUCCGAUUCUCUCUCCACACACUCAUCUUCGCCUCCCCUUCCAUCUUUUUACGUCCCCCUCCCUCCCUGCGCGCGCGCGCGAGCUCUCUCUCUACAUCUUCUGCCGCUUCAGUCCGUUCCCUCUUUCUUUUCUCCCCCUCUUCGUCACCUCUCGUAUCCGCACUCAUCCUCCUCCUUUCAUUUGCUCGUAUCCUCUCGUCUUUUUUUGUAAUAUCUCCCAGCUCCUCAUCGAUACGAACGCGUUCCUCUCCUCGUCCUUUCCUCGUUUGCUAAAUCCUCUCGUGUUCUCUCUCUCUCUCCGUCCCACCCCCUUCCUCUUUACGUUUCCCCCCUCCCUCCAUACUCGAUUCUCCUCAAUGCUUAAGUCAGUCAAAAGAGAUACGCUGAAGAAAAGAGGGGCGAACGGCGGGCGCUGAGAGAGAGACCGAGAGAAGGAGAGAAGCUGGAGGGAGAGAGGGGAGAGGGGGGAACGGGGGUUUGGAUACAUCUCCACCUGUCUUCUUCUCUCUGCCAUGGACUGCCUCUGCAUAGUGACCACAAAGAUGGACUCCCACCUUGCAUGCUCCUCCUAAACACUAUAUGACCUCAGUCCCAACAGACCUACUGUAUGAGUGAGUCAGAAAGAAAUAUCGGUAUCAGGAUGAAGAGACUCCGCCCCUGGAGCACAGCCCCGCCCACCUGGCUCACAGCAAGAGCGCUGAGAUGCUUCACAUGAGCGAUAAGAACCUGGCUGCCAUGGACACCAUGCACAGUUACGCCCCCCACACACACAUCUCGCCAAUAAAGCCAGUGUUGCUGUCCUCUGGUCAAACCCCUCUCUACACCUCUGCGGUCUCCACACUGGCGAACUCUCCACCAGUAGUGGUGAAUACAGACACACUGGAUGGCUCACCUUAUGUAAACGGAGCAGAAGGAGAGAUUGAAUAUGAAGAGAUCACGUUGGAAAGGGGGAACUCUGGGCUAGGCUUCAGUAUCGCCGGAGGGACUGAUAACCCUCAUGUAGGAGACGACCCCAGCAUCUUCAUCACCAAGAUCAUUCCAGGAGGAGCCGCUGCACAAGAUGGGAGACUCAGAGUAAACGAUAGUAUUCUGUUUGUGAAUGACGUUGAUGUUCGGGAGGUGACCCACAGUCAGGCAGUGGAGGCCCUCAAGGAGGCGGGCGCAAUCGUCAGACUCUAUGUAUUACGCAGGAAACCCAUCGCUGAGAAAGUCACCGAACUCAAGCUCAUCAAAGGGCCGAAAGGGCUAGGCUUCAGUAUAGCGGGUGGUGUCGGAAACCAGCACAUCCCCGGCGACAACAGCAUUUAUGUCACAAAGAUCAUCGAGGGAGGAGCUGCUCAUAAGGACGGACGACUACAGAUUGGUGAUAAGAUACUGGCGGUGAAUAAUGUGUGUUUGGAGGACGUGAUGCAUGAGGACGCGGUGGGGGCGCUGAAGAACACAGCAGAGGUCGUCUACCUCAGAGUGGCAAAGCCAAAUAACCUGUACCUUACCAACAACUACAACCCACCAGACCUCACAAGCAGUGAGUACACAGCACACAGAAAUGCUGAUCAUUUCACAGCGUACUCUCCGCAUCUGGACACGGACCUUGGACAUCCAAACUUCCUGGCCUCGGAUUACCCACAAGCCCUCACUCCCACCUCACCGAGCCGCUUUUCUCCUGUGCUGCAUGGCUUGUUGGGAGAUGACGACUUACCCAGGGACCCGAGACGUGUUGUGAUCCAUAGAGGAUCGACGGGUUUGGGGUUUAAUAUUGUUGGAGGGGAGGAUGGUGAGGGAAUAUUCAUCUCUUUCAUCCUGGCAGGAGGCCCUGCAGACCUGAGCGGAGAACUGCGCAAGGGAGAUCAGAUCUUAAGUGUGAAUGGCGUGGAUCUCCGGGUAGCUACACAUGAACAAGCAGCAGCUGCCUUGAAAAAUGCUGGACAGACUGUAACCAUCAUCGCCCAGUACAGACCAGAAGAGUACAGUCGAUUUGAAGCUAAGAUUCAUGACCUCAGAGAGCAGUUGAUGAACAGCAGUAUGGGCUCUGGUACAACUACAUUACGAAGUAACCCCAAACGAGGAUUUUAUAUCAGGGCUCUGUUUGACUAUGAUAAGACAGCAGACUGUGGUUUCCUGAGUCAGGCCGUGGGCUUUAAGUUUGGAGAUGUGCUGCAUGUUUUGGACUGUGGAGAUGAGGAGUGGUGGCAGGCCUGCAGAGUCAGCCCACAGGGGGAUGAGGAGGAGGUCGGCUUCAUCCCCAGCAAGAGGAGGGUUGAGAGAAAAGAGUGGUCGCGGUUGAAGUCAAAAGAAAGGGACCGAAGUCGAGACAGUACAGGUUCACAGGGAAGGGAAGAGCCCGUACGGAGUUACGAGACAGUCGCACAAGUGGAAGUGCACUACGCGAGGCCGAUCAUUAUUCUGGGCCCGGUGAAGGACAGAGUGAAUGAUGACCUGCUGUCUGAGUUCCCAGACAAGUUUGGCUCUUGUGUCCCCCAUACGACACGACCCAAGCGGGAGUAUGAGGUGGAUGGGCGGGACUACCAUUUUGUGUCGUCGCGGGAACAGAUGGAGAAAGACAUUCAGAACCAUCGUUUCAUUGAGGCGGGCCAGUACAACAGCCACCUGUACGGAACCAGCGUUCAGAGCGUCCGAGAGGUGGCGGAACAGCAGGGAAAGCACUGUAUUCUGGAUGUGUCUGCUAAUGCAGUUCGUAGGCUACAGGCUGCACAGCUUCACCCAAUCGCCAUCUUCGUACGGCCCAAAUCACUGGAGAACGUCCUAGAGAUCAACACACGUUUAACUGAGGAACAAGCCAGGAAAGGUAUGGACCGUGCUAUUAAACUGGAGCAAGAUUUCCUGGAGUGCUUCUCUGCAAUCGUGGAGGGCGACAGCUUCGAGGAGGUUUAUCACAAGGUGAAAACUGUGAUCGAGGAGCAGUCGGGGCCUUAUAUCUGGAUCCCCACCAGGGAGCGUCUGUGAGAGUCCAUCCAGAGCCAAACCACCUCGCCCAGUCACCAUUCGGCCUGCCUGCCCUGGACUGUGGAGCUCCGACUCGAAGAGCUCACGAGAAUCAGACAGAGAGAGAGAGGGAGAGAUGGGAAGAGCGAAAGAGAGGGAGAAGUCACAGAGACACCAGGAAACGAUGGAGUGAAACCGCACAGGAGCUGCCCACACCGCAUCUGCCUCUCUUUUCCUCCUUUUCCUAGCUUUGUAACUUCCUUUUUCUGCUUUUAACUUCCUUUCUCUGUCUUUCUCUCAGUCCUUCUCUGUUUCUUUCCGGCUUUCUCUCUGAAUAACGUCCUCUCACACAGGACUGGUGAGCUGUUUUUACUCUCUCACGAACUGGGAUGCUACAAAGCAAUUUUGUAUAUUGUCAGAUUCCCUCUCGCUCUCUCCGAACUAGACAGGAAGUGGAGAGAGAGAUGAGCGACCGCCUUGGCUUUUACUGGAACGAGACUUUCGAGAGCUAUUCCUGAUUACAGGAGCUCGUUUUACAAUACUAAAGGUGAAUUGAACUGAAUUAUGAAAGUAUAUUUAUCGGUAUCAAUAAUGCGCUGAAAUCUUCAAUAUCAAAGAUAUUAUGACUACUCAGAGACUGACGUUCACCCACAGUUAUCAGCAUCAAGGGCGUUUAAUUCCUUUUACAAAUUUGAAGUGCUCGACGUGUGCUUCCUGAAAUGCAGGAAGCUCUGAGCGGGCAAAACAAAAGGUUUGCCUCAGUCCUUCGAAUGUUCCCCUUAAAUAGUUUGCAGCUAGUUCAUCACAUUGAAUGGAUAAGAAGAAAGGGUUGGAAGGAAAAAGGGAAAGACGCAGAGCGUGACUCUCAUUCUGCACAUGCUUGAUAUUCCCGAGUCUGUUUUCUUUGAUUUUCUCGCGCUUACAUGUAAACAUGCACAUUUAGACACACGCCAACAUGGAUUUUGUAACAUUUGCCUUCUUCUAUCUGGAUCUUCUUGCAAUAGCCUGAUUGAUGUUUUCCUUUGAGCUGGAAUUCAUUUGCUCGGUUGGAUUAUUUCCCUGAGCUCCGCGGCUCUCAAACACAAAGACUCCAGGCUGCUCUUUAAUGUGCAAUAUCGGGCUCUUCCUUAAUCUCCUCAUAAUGUAACGAAUUUUAGCCAUGCUUGGAUCUUGAAGUCAUCGGUAAAUUAUCAAACCGCUUCAAGCCUAAUACUUUCAUCAUUUUUACAUGCCCGUUGGAUUUCGGUUCAGUUUAGAUCACACUUGUGCUGAAAGGCUAUGUUCACACCGCAGCAGCUUUCUGCUCAAAUCCAUUUCGUGUGUGCGAGGUUGACCUUUUAAAUCUGGAACGUAUCAGUCGCCGGUCACCGCUGCUGAAGCCUGAGGACGACCCUGACGUUUUUAUGUAUUGUUUAGAUUAUGAUAAUAUAAUAUCAUUUUUGUUUAUAGAGCCAGUGGCUGUCCUCUGUCUUUUUCACAGCAAAAGUAAAUCAAGCAUUUUAUGAUGAAUGCCAAGUUAAAUUGUUGUAAACUAUCCUGAUUAUAAGGUUUGGCCGGUAAACGUGGUCCGUGCUGGUAGGUGCUGUAAUUACACCACUUUCUGGGCAUCCUUCUCCUUUAAAAGCCAUUCUUAGGGCCAGAUUUACUAACAGCUUGCACCAGCGCAAACCCUCUUUUGGCAUUAAAAAACUACUAAAGACACGCUGUGAGAAAUUAGCACUGAAAAGGUGUGGACACAGUUAUUUUUGCGUCUGACCUUAUUGCAUAUGCAUUUGUAAGAGUUUCCCUUUCAGAUGCAAAAUUUAUGGACGGAGAGUAUUUAAAUUAAUCACACAAGGUGAUUUACUAAGGUUUGCGCUAGUCAACUUACUGGUGUUUGCACCAUUAUUUACCGAUCAAAAAAAAAGCAUGUCUUAAACCAGAUGCUAAUUUGCACUGCUCUUGAUAGAUUGAGUUGGACAUUAUGGCUGCGUCUGUGUUCUUUCAUUUGCAUGUCAUCAGUAGAUCAUGGGCAGAACUUUCCACUCCCAUAUACACUUUUUUUUUUUUUGCACUCUCAUGCUAGUUUGCCAUGUUUAGUGAAUCUGGCCCUAAAUUAGUAGCUUAUUUUGAUGAAAUAGAACUUAAAUCUCAAAGAUUUUAUCAUAUUAUAGUUGAU